UUUAAAUCUGCGAAAAAGCGAGCGAAAACCAAACACUGAAACUCAGCUCAGAGGAAGAAGAAGAAGAAGAAGAUGGAAAGCCUCUCCCUUACAUGCCGUCUAUCUCCAUCAAAUCUCCGUCUACUCCCGACGGUUUCCGUUAAUGCCGUUAGUAGGAGCUCUACCAUAAGUUUCCCCCGCUUCUCCGCGCGCGCAUUCAAAUCCUCUGCUAUCUCCCCCCGCUUCUCCGCGAGCGCAUUCAAAUCCUCUGCUAUCUCCACUACUUCACUUGAGUUGGAGGAUGCGGUGAAAUUCGCCGAAGCUUCAAAGAACGGGAAUCUCGUGCCGCUCUACCAAUGCAUAUUCUCCGAUCACCUGACACCGGUGCUGGCAUACCGUUGCUUGAUGAAAGAAGAAGAUCGAGAGUCACCGAGCUUUUUGUUCGAAUCUGUCGAGCCGGGUUUCCGAGUGUCGCAUGUUGGACGGUACAGUGUAGUUGGAGCUCAGCCGACCAUGGAAAUCGUAGCAAAGGAGAAUUUUGUGACGAUCAUGGAUCACGAAGAAGGGGUGAGGAAGGAAGAGUUUGCUGAGGAUCCGAUGGUGAUUCCAAGAAGAAUCAUGCAAGAUUGGAGUCCCCAACUCGUUGAUGAACUUCCAGAUGCUUUUUGUGGUGGAUGGGUGGGCUUUUUUUCAUAUGAUACUGUGCGAUACGUUGAGAAGAGAAAGCUGCCGUUUUCAAGUGCUCCCAUGGAUGAUAGAAACCUCCCGGACAUCCAUUUAGGACUAUAUGAUGAUGUCAUAGUUUUUGAUCAUGUGGAGAAGAAAGCUUAUGUAAUUCAUUGGGUGCGGCUAGAUCGGUACUCCUCAGUUGAGAAGGCAUAUGACGAUGGAAAGAAACGGUUGGACGCUUUAGUAUCGAGGGUACUAAAUGUAGACCCCCCGAGGCUAACUACAGGUUCUGUGAAAUUACAUACUCGCCAUUUUAGUCCUUCAUUAAAGAAGCCCUCCAUGACAAGUGAAGCAUACAAGAAGGCUGUUAUGGAGGCAAAAGAACAUAUCAUGGCAGGAGAUAUUUUCCAGAUUGUGUUGAGCCAACGUUUUGAGCGGCGAACAUUUGCUGACCCGUUUGAAGUUUAUAGAGCAUUAAGAGUUGUGAAUCCAAGUCCAUACAUGACUUAUUUACAGGCAAGAGGAUGUAUUCUGGUGGCUUCAAGCCCUGAAAUUCUAACUCGCGUAAAGAAGAAGAAGAUAACUAACCGUCCAUUAGCGGGGACGGUUAGGAGAGGCAUUACAAUCGAGGAGGAUGAGUUAUUAGAAAAACAGCUAUUAAACGAUGAGAAGGAAUGUGCGGAACACAUAAUGUUGGUGGAUUUGGGGCGUAAUGAUGUUGGAAAGGUCUCAAAGUCCGGUUCUGUUAAAGUGGAGAAGCUGAUGAAUGUUGAACGAUACUCCCACGUCAUGCACAUCAGCUCCACGGUUACAGGGGAGUUGUUGGAUCAUUUAACAAGCUGGGAUGCUCUACGAGCUGCGUUGCCCGUUGGAACAGUGAGUGGAGCACCAAAGGUGAAAGCAAUGGAACUGAUAGACCAGUUGGAAACCAAUAGGCGAGGACCAUACAGCGGUGGGCUCGGGGGUGUGUCAUUUACUGGCAGCAUGGACAUCGCGCUCACUCUCCGGACUAUUGUUUUCUCUACCAAUGCCCGUUACGAUACAAUGUACUCCUACAAGGAUAUAAAUAAACGCCAGGAAUGGGUGGCCCACCUUCAGGCCGGAGCUGGCAUUGUGGCUGAUAGUGAUCCUGAUAAAGAACAGAGAGAAUGUGAGAACAAGGCAGCCGCUCUUGCCCUUGCUAUCGAUCUUGCAGAGUCAACGUUCGUUGAGAAAUGUUGAUGCCGGCUAUUUUUUUUUCCGCCGGUUGCAUUUCUCGCCCAGUUGAUCACAGAUUACAAUCACGGAUGGACAAUUUGAGAUGAUAAUGAAUAUAAUAGAAAAUAACAAUGGGAUAAUAUGAAAGGACAGAGAGAAUCAAUUCAAUAUAAUUUUCUUUCAUUUGAUUCAUAUACAUUUGGAAUUUUCUUUUA